GCGCAGGCGCUUGCGCCCUUCACGGCCCGGCCGAGCGCGGCGGAUUUGAAACGGCGCCGCCGCCGCGGGACGGUGGAUUUGGUUGGGUUUUUCGCGUGGGGAAGCUUCGCUCAUCCUCACCUGCCCCACCGAGCCACCUCCCGUCGCCUCAGCGGUGUGAGGUGACCGCCAGAGGGAGCCGCGUAAGCGCUGUGUACCCAAGGGCUGUCAGGCGAUAGUGUUGAAUGGAGUAUCAUAACAGGAAUAUGGCAUCCUCAGACCUGGAAGAUUUAUGUUUUCACAUCAACACGAAGAUUUCGACUAUUAAAAAGACCCUUCAAUUAAGAAACAUAGGUCAAGAACCAUCCCUCAAAUCUAUGCUCUGUAAAAUAGGACAUGAGAUGGUUCUCUUGCAUGAUCUCCUGAAUAAAAUGGAAAUGGAAGUUCAACAGCAAGAAAAACUGAAGAAUUUGCUAAAAGAGCUCCAGAAGUCUGCUGAGAGAGAUCAAAAUGAAGCACAGCACCUCCGUGAAAACAUUCCUUCCCAUCUGCCAAAACCAACACAGAGCUGCAUCACUGGGCUAACUGUGAAAUGUGAAGAACAAACAAAAGCUGUAGAACCCGAACGUGCAAAGAAACCUACCAAAGAGUCAAGGCUUAUUAAAGAAGCAGCCUUAAUAACUACAGAAGAAUUUCAAAGCGUUCCUGCGUAUAUGAAAGGUCGUUUAACAUACGAUCAGAUUAACGCAGUCGUUCAAGAUAUGAACAAGGCUGUGGUGGGCAAGUACAAGAUCUUGCAUCAGCCUUUGAAAUCGAUGAAUGGAGCAGUCAGAAAUCUCUACCACAGGUUCCUGGAAGAAGAAACUAAGGAUACAAAAGGUGAAUUUUUUAUUGUGGAGGCUGAUAUCAGAGAGUUCACCCAACUGAAAGUGGAUAAGCGCUUCCAUAGGAUCCUCAAUAUCCUGCGGCACUGCCAGAGAGUGAGAGAAGUCCGUGGCUCAAGACUUGUCCGCUACGUCAUCUGCUAAUGAGCUUUCCAUGUUGCGCUUACCCAAGAUACGGAAGGCAGAAGUACUUUGAGAUGCAGAGGGAUUUUGUUGUCCACAGAGAGAUUCUACAUGAGGGCAUUCCUGUUCACCUCCCUUAUUUUCUAAAAGGCAGUAGUGGGGACCAAGAAGGGGUUUUGUGUUGUUUGGUUUUGUGUUUUUUUUUCAAACAUCUAUCCUGAAUCAGGAGUGGCAACAUCAAAUGGCCUUAAAGGAUUUGAGGUUUGUUUUGAAAACAUGAGAGGAACUACUGUCUUCUGGCAAAUUACAGAUGCAAAACAGAUAGGGCGAUUGGUGCACCUGUGGUCACAGGAGGUUUUAAUCACAUUUGCAGGUCAGCACUUGAAAGUUAAAUUCUCUGCAUGUUAAUAAUGUUCCUUUUGUGUUUAUGAGUUGGAGACUGUUUAAGGCUCUGCAGCAACUCAAAGGAAGCAUUUGAUUGUUUGGGUUGUUUUUUAAUCCCUCAAACCAAUUUCCAGAUUUCCUUUCCUUAAUCUUUUUCUUCUUAUCCUAAUUGUAUGUUUUGAUGUUUCCUGCAUCGCUUGAGCAGGAAGAUCUGAGGUGGUUUAAACAUUUCCAGACUGAUGAUCGGUAGUUCCGUUAGCCAUGUGGUUUUCAUACUUCAUCAUGCAGCCAGAUUUUUUUCCCCUCAGACCAACCCGUUAGACUCAAACAGUGAAGCAAUGGGGGUUUUUUAAUUGAAAAAUGCUGACUUUCACUUUGAAAAUACUGGUCAAACUCCUCACAGUUUUUUAUUCUAGAAGGUUGUUUUCAAAUGACCUAUUAGUGUGGUAAGUUCCUGAGUAGAAUUAUUGUGAUCAGUAUCAGCUCUGUGAGUAAUCAAAACUGGUUUGAUAAGAAAAGCUAUGGACUCUUUCUUCCACGAGCCUGUAUCUACUUUUAUCCUAACAUUUAAUCUAAAAUACCUCCUCUUGUACCCUGUCAGUGUUAAGAUGACAAUUUAAUGAGCAAAAGACCCUGAAUGAACUUUGAACUUUCUCAAUAAAGAGGCACUGGUGAGUGCUAUAUAAUCCUAGAA